UGUGUGUGUGUGUAUGUGUGUUGGGGGGUGCAUCACAUGGUUCGCGUUCCCAGCUCCGCCAUUUUGGAGGAAAGUUUGGGAUUUGUGGACCUGGGAGGAGGAGGAGGAGGAGGAGGGGGAGGGAUCUCCUGUCGGACAAGUUUGACACGAAAGCAGCGGGCAGGGAGGGGGCAGCGGAGCGGCUGGCACGGCGGCGGGGCAGCAGCGGGCUGGACUCUGAAGUUUUUUCCUGAUAUUUGGAGCGGCGGUUCGACUCCGGACCUCCGGCUCCAGCACGCCCCUCCUGCGCGGCCCCGGGACGGCGCUGUAGGGUGAGGUCCCGCAGCGGGAAGCCGGACCGUCACUUCCCCGCAGCCGCGGCCAGCCUGCGCGGGGCUCGCCGGCGCAGGAGCCUCCCUUCACGGGAACUCCAGAGCCAGGAGUGCCGCUCAGCCCGUCGCGAAAUUCCGUAGUUCUGGUCCGGGACGACUGUUGGAGCCCCUGGGAGCGAAGGCUGCAGUCCGGUUCGGCUCAGCCUCACCUGCCUCAGAGUUUGCAGGUUCGGACGGGAACUUGGUGCUGACGGGUUCGGAAGAGAUUUUCCCGGGGCGCAAGACAGCGGGCUGAAUGUGGGACUAACCGAGCCCGGUGUGAGGACUGUAUGCGGCGAACACAGAGCCGAACCGAGCCAUGCCUGUGAGAAAGAAAGAUGCGCAACGGGCCCUGUUGCUGCUGGAGGAGUACCGAGCCAGACUGAACCACUCCGAGGACCGGCACCUCAGCUUUUCCAUCCAGAGGGUUAUUGACAUCUUCCAGAGCAACCUCUUCCAGGCUCUCAUUGAUAUCCAGGAGUUUUACGAAGUGACCUUAUUGGACAGCCACAGAUGGGUGGGGGCUUCCAAGGGGGUGGACCCUGUAGCGCCCAUCCACCUGUGGGACUUUCCCAGCCUUCAAAGCUCAACGGUGACGUCGGAGACGCUGCCCAGCCUCAGCACCAGCAUAGAGGACUCCCCUCUUCUUAAUGAAAUUCUGCACACGCUGGCGCAGGCCAAACACUCUCCCUGCUCUGACAAAAAGUACCGGCACCACGAUGAAGACUCGUCCCCGCAGGAUCAGAGCUCACCUCAGCUGACAGAAGAGGCAGGGGGGCCUGAGCUGGUCCAGGUGGCUGAGAAGAACCUGUCUGAGAUUGAGAAUGUGCAUGGAUAUGUUACCCACGCUCAUAUCUCACCUAUGAAGGUAGCGUCUCUGGAGUGCAUCUUUGACGGCUCCUCAGCAUUAGGACCCAUUCACUCGGAGCUCCCCUCCCCCACACCGUCCACCCUCUACCUCCAUGGAGAGGACAGCCCCCUCCCCUCCUGCUCUUCCAAUCCUUACCCCCCAAUCCAGGCACAGGCCACCCCACCCUCCCCUCCCGUCAUUCCUGUGAUCCCCAUCACGCCAAUCUCAGUCGAGACCACCGUCAUCCCUCCAUCCUCACAGGCCAACCCCCCUCCUGUGGUGGUCAACACGGACAGCUUGGACACGCCUCCUUACGUGAACGGGACCGAGGCAGAGUACGAGUAUGAGGAAAUCACGCUGGAGAGGGGUAACUCCGGGUUGGGCUUCAGUAUCGCAGGUGGCACGGACAACCCCCAUAUCGGUGAGGAUCCCAGCAUCUUCAUUACCAAAGUCAUACCUGGAGGGGCUGCUGCUCAGGACGGGCGGCUCAGGGUCAACGAUGUCAUCUUAAGGGUCAACGAGAUGGAUGUGAGGGAUGUGACCCACAGUCGGGCCGUGGAGGCGCUGAAGGAGGCUGGCUCUCUGGUUCGGCUCUACGUGCGCAGGAGGAAGCCCGUCUCUGAAAAAGUUAUGGAGAUCAAGCUGGUGAAAGGACCUAAAGGUCUGGGGUUCAGUAUCGCAGGCGGAGUGGGGAACCAGCACAUCCCAGGAGACAACAGCAUCUACGUCACCAAGAUAAUUGAAGGUGGUGCCGCGCACAAAGAUGGCAGCCUGCAAAUAGGAGACAAGCUGCUGGCUGUGAACAGCUCCUGUCUGGAGGAGGUGAGCCACGAACAUGCGGUCACCGCCUUGAAGAACACACCUGAUGUGGUCUACUUGAAAGUGGCAAAGCCCAGCAGCGUCUUUAUGAAUGAUGGCUUUGCCCCGCCUGACCUCACCAACUCUUACUCGCAGCACAUGGAGAAUCAUAUCAGCCCCCCCAAUUUUGUAAGUCACCACCUUCAGCCGCGAGGAUCCUCGGGAUGCUACUCGCCAACGUCAAAGAGCCCGCUGGGAGAAGACGACGGCGUCACUCGGGAGCCAAGGAAGGUGGUUCUGCACCGAGGGGCAACGGGGCUGGGUUUCAACAUAGUGGGUGGCGAGGACGGAGAGGGCAUCUUUAUUUCCUUCAUCCUAGCCGGGGGGCCAGCUGACCUUUCUGGAGAGCUGCGCAAAGGAGACCGGCUGGUAUCUGUGAACGGGGUGGAUCUCAGAGCCGCCACGCACGAGCAGGCCGCAGCUACCUUGAAGAACGCUGGGCAGACUGUGACCAUUAUCACCCAGUACAGACCAGAAGAGUACAGCCGCUUCGAGGCAAAGAUCCACGACCUGCGCGAGCAGAUGAUGAACAGCAGCAUCAGCUCAGGCUCUGGAUCUCUGCGGACCAGCCAGAAGAGAUCUCUCUAUGUCAGAGCUCUGUUUGACUAUGAUAAGACCAAGGACUCGGGGCUGCCCAGUCAGGGUCUGAACUUUAAGUUUGGGGACAUUCUCCAUGUUGUAAAUGCCUCCGACGAUGAGUGGUGGCAGGCCCGGCAUGUGGCGCCAAAGGGGGAGCUGGAGGAGGUGGGAGUCAUCCCCAGCAAAAGACGGGUUGAGAAGAAGGAGCGCGCCAGGUUAAAGACGGUCAAGUUCAACGCCAAGUCCCGAGACCGAGGGCAGUCCGUCAAUGACAGGCGUAGAAAGAACCUGUUUACGCGAAAGUUUCCGUUCUACAAGAGCAAAGAGGCGAGCGAGCAGGAGACCAGCGACGUUGACCAGCACGUGACCUCUAACGCCAGCGACAGCGAGAGCAGCUGCCGUGGUCAGGAGGAGCUGGUGCUGUCGUAUGAGCCUGUGACUCAGCAGGAAGUCGGCUACACCCGGCCCGUCAUCAUCCUCGGCCCCAUGAAGGACCGCAUCAACGACGACCUCAUCUCCGAGUUUCCCGACAAAUUCGGUUCCUGCGUCCCACAUACGACGAGGCCCAAGCGGGAAUACGAAGUGGACGGCAGAGAUUACCACUUUGUGGUGUCGAAGGAGCAGAUGGAGAAAGACAUCCAGGACCAUCACUUCAUUGAGGCGGGGCAGUACAACAACCACCUGUACGGAACCAGCGUCCAGUCGGUCCGGGAAGUGGCUGAGAAGGGUAAACACUGCAUCCUGGACGUAUCAGGGAACGCCAUCAAGCGCCUCCAGCUGACUCAGCUCCACCCUAUUGCCAUCUUCAUCAAGCCCAAAUCUGUAGAGAACAUCAUGGAGAUGAACAAGCGUCUGACGGAGGAGCAGGCCAAGAAGACCCUCGACAGAGCCGCCAGGCUGGAGCACGAGUUCACCGAGCACUUCACAGCCAUCGUGCAAGGUGACACGCUGGAGGAGAUUUACGAGCAGGCCAAGCACAUCAUUGAGGAGCAGUCGGGUCCUUUCAUCUGGGUCCAGUCCAAGGAGAAGCUAUAAAGAACUCCCUCCCUAUUUCCUCACUUUUCAUUGGUUUAUUUUAAAAGGAGGAGCCCCCCCCCAUCAUCAGCAGCUAAGCGGACUCACGUUGCACAAUCAGACUUCAUGGUGUGUUCAAUGACCGUCAGGGCAAAGCACACAGGAAGCAGCAUCACAGUGGGGAGAAAGUUCC